AUGUUGGAGUGUUCCAAAGGUGGAUCCCAGAGUUUUCUUGUGAGGAUGGUGGCUAAGGACACAGUACGUCCGCACUUUGUGGGAGGCCGAAGAUGGAGUAACUUGAGGGAGGAUGUCUUACUUGUUCCCUUGGGGAUGCUACGGAAUAGGGAUGACAUUGAACCUUGGGGAGUUGCAAAGGCCUAA